AUGAGACAAAAAAGAGCAAAAGCAUACAGAAAACAGAUGAACAUCUACCUUCACACAUUCAAGUUCAGGGAGCCAUACCAGACCAUCGUGGACGAUGAGUUAGUACUCACUUGUGACAAGGCCCAGUUUGACUUGGUCAAAGGCUUGGAGAGAACCAUCCAGGCGGAAACAAAACCCAUGAUUACCCAGUGUUGCAUGCAAGCUUUGUAUGCCACGGAUAACCAGAGUGCCAUUAAUUUGGCCAAGACAUUCGAGAGAAGGCGAUGCAACCAUCCACCUAAAGACCCAAAGCCUCCAGUUGAGUGCAUUGAGUCCAUUGUCAACAUUGACGGAGUAAACAAGCAUAGGUACGUAGUUGCCAGUCAGUCCACGAGAUUGAGAAGAAGACUCCGUUCGGUUCCUGGUGUUCCGUUGAUUUUCAUGAACCGAUCGGUCAUGGUCAUGGAGCCAGCUUCUGAUGCAUCUAAGAGAGCUGCUGCGUUGAGUGAAAACGCAAAACUCAAUCAAGGCUUGAAUGAUUCUAAAGUGGGAUUUGUGAACAAGGAAGAGGAUGUCGAGGAGCCCAAGAAAAAGAAAAGAAAGGGACCUAGUGAGCCUAAUCCUUUGAGUAUCAAGAAGAAGAAAACUGUUAAUCAACCAGCAAGUGAAUCCAAGAAGAAGAGAGUGAGAAGACAUGGUAAGAAGGAUGACGACAACGAAAAUGAAAACAAAGAAUCUAAAGAGAUUGAAAAUAACGAGAACUCAGAAAUGACAGAGAAGGUCGACAAUGGCGAUGCAGAUGAAAGUGUAUAG